AUGCGCUUCUCCUUCGGCUUCGUCUUCGCCGCAGCCUGGGUCACCGCCGCCUUGACGCAGGACUACCAAGGUUCGUCCCAAAGGGCCCAGCGCGGGCUCUCCCUCCGCGCCGUGGAAUCCAGUCUUGCCUUUUCUCUUGAGUGCCGUCAUGGCCACUUGCCAUCUUAUUGCACAGUUGCAGAUAUCAACUGCGAUUUCAGCGACGACCCCGAAGGCCUGGGCCAGGAGAGGCUCUCAGCGCGGCUCAAGAAGCCCCCGGCCUUCCAGGGGCACCCACUCUUCGCCGACGACAGGAGGGCCGACCCCCUCAGCGACGACAAGUGCCAGAUCCGCCACGCCGCGGGCGACGCGUCGGGCCUGGUCUACAACCUGCUGGUGACGGACCUGGGCAAGUGCGGCGUCGUCAGGAAAGACGGUUACGUGAACCUCCGCGUGUGGUUCCCGCAACUGCAGGGCGUGGUUCUGGCCACCGACCAGGAGGUCAUCAUCAUGUGCAAGCCGGCCUCGCCGACCAUCAUCGAGAACCGAGCGGCUGGCUUUGCUGGAGCGCUGCCGUCCGCGGGGCGAGUGUCGGGUGUGGUGGAGGAGACGCCAGGGCGCCUGGAGUACGAGGUGGCGCUGUACCGAGAGGUCAAGGCGCGGGCGGGGGAGACCCAUGCCCCGGUGGACCAGGCAGUGCCCAUCGGGACUCGACUGCAACUACGCGCCAAGAUCAACACACAGUCCACUUGGAAAUACGUGAAGCUAAUGGAGGUGACGGUCUCGAGCGAGCCGGACGACCCAUACGCGCCCGGCCACGUGGCGCUGGUCAAGGACGGGUGCCGGCUGCCGGAAUUCUCCUCGAUCGUGCCGCACCAACCGCGACGCCCCAGCGAGGACUCGGGCGAGGUGAGGCUCGACUUCGAGGCCUUCAUGCUGGACUCCAAGAUGGCCGGCUCCUCCCAGCUCUGGAUCCACGCCUCCGUCAAGGCCUGCAUCGACUCCAGGGACUGCCUCCCCGAGUUCUGCCUGGACCUUUUCCAGCCGUCGGGCCACGGUCGACGCCGCCCGCCGCAAGACGAGCUUCUACGCCGAUGGCUUCCUCGAGGUGUCGUCCGCCCACGACACCUCGCUCUCCACGCUGCUCCCCUCGCGCCGCCCGCGCGCCGCCGCCGCCCGCCGCGUCCGCCGCCCGCAGAAAACUCGCCUUCCACGCAGGUUCCGGCGCGGAACGCCACCUCGAGUCUCCUCCCGGAGGCCGGAGCGCUGUCCGCAGGCGCUCGGGGCUCCUCCUCCUCAGCCAAGAUCGGAGACAACAUCGGUGUGACUGUCAUCAUGCCAGAAGAAUUCUUCAGCAAAACGGAAGCAAUGUACCAGUCCUGCGCCACCUUCAUGGUUCUCUCCGGUUUCCUGGGACUUAGUUUGCUUCUGGCCGCCGGCUUUCCUCUGUUCCUUCGUGCUCUGGUCAUAAAAACACACAGCAACGCCUCUUCAAAUCGGGAGGUUAUCGCCUACACCUUGCAAAUCGGCUUCUAA